GCAAGUAGAUGGCGUCUUUUCAUAACAUCUCGAGAUCAGGACCAUCACCACAUCUCCAGAAGACCGCUGAGUCACAUCUCCACGCGCUCUCACCGCGGACGCUUUCUCCACGAGACUCCCGGUCUGACACGAUGCUGACGAUCACGCUGAAAACCCUGCAGCAGCAGACGUUUAAAGUGCACAUAGACGAGGAGCUGACGGUAAAAGCUCUUAAAGAGAAGAUAGAGGCAGAAAAGGGAAAAGAUUCUUUUCCAGCCGCUGGUCAAAAACUCAUCUAUGCAGGUAAAAUAUUGAAUGACGACAUACCUCUAAAAGAAUACAAAAUGGAUGAGAAGAACUUUGUAGUGGUAAUGGUUACUAAGCCUAAAUCUACAUCACCUCCUCAAGCUCCUCCUGCCGUCACCCCAGCUGCAGUAAGCAUCCCUCUCGCAGAACUUUCUGUCCUUUCACCAUCACCUCCUGACGCUCCACCCGCGGUCCCCGCAGUGCCUGUAUCGACCCCAGCUCUUGACCAUGCAGAACCAGCUCCUGAACAUGCAGAACCAGAACCAUCAGUGGAACCGCCAGAACCAUCAGUGGAACCGCCAGAACCAUCAGUGGAACCGCCCACACCACCCGUCACAGCGCCCCCUGUGGCCUUAGAUGUCGGUGCAGAAUCCUCAGAACCGGUUGAAGUGACCCCGGAUCCAGUUCCCCUCCUAGAGGAGGGGACCCAGGCCAUUGCCCAAUCAGAGGCCAGUUCCUUGGAUGAAUUGGGUCUGCUAGAAGCAGCUGCUUCAAUACUAGUUACAGGUCAAGCAUAUGAGAAUUUAGUGAUGGAGAUCAUGUCCAUGGGUUAUGAGAGAGAACAGGUGAUCGCCGCCUUACGAGCGAGUUACAACAAUCCGGACCGAGCGGUUGAAUAUUUGCUUAUGGGUAUACCCACAGAAUCCGAGCAGCCACCCCAGGAAGUUGUGCGUCCCGCCCCCGUGUCUAACCCCGCCCCCUCAGCGCCACAGCGACCUCAGCCGCCACCUGCUGCAGCCGGUGAGGAACAUUUGUUGAAACAGAUGCAUGGCGCCGAGUCGGGAUCUGCGCAGGCGUCGGAAAACCCGCUGGAGUUCCUGAGGAACCAGCCGCAGUUCCAGCAGAUGCGACAGAUCAUCCAGCAGAACCCCACCCUCCUACCUGCCCUGCUGCAACAGCUGGGUCGAGACAACCCGCAACUCCUGCAGCAAAUCACGCAGCAUCAGGAGCGGUUCGUACACAUGCUGAACGAGCCGCAGGUCGGGGAGGCGGAAGCCGCAGAAGCCCACAGCGCACCUCAGACAAACUACAUCCAGGUCACGCCACAGGAGAAAGAAGCAAUCGAUAGGUUAAAAGCUCUUGGUUUCCCGGAAGGACUCGUCAUUCAAGCGUAUUUCGCCUGCGAGAAAAACGAAAACCUCGCCGCCAACUUCCUGCUCCAACAGAACUUCGACGACGAGUGAAGGCUGCAGCUGGACGCGCGGACACUUGGGGGCGACAGAGAGCGCGAGCGUUCGGCCGCAUGUUGCGUGUGUGUGCGUGAAUGUGUGUUACGAGUAGAAAGCCGACUGGUCUUCCUUGAUGGUUAUCAUGGAGUCGCAACAGAAGCCGUGCUGAUGUGACGUUAUAUCAAAGCACAGCUUUAUUUUUGUUUCCUCGGUAGCGAGGCGUCUCCCUGAUAGCACACAUACAUCUGGUUUACGUCUAUUUGACAUCUGCAUUUACAUCUGCAAGACAUCUACAAUACAUUGUUUGCUCAUCUGCAAUACGUCUCGGAGACGUCUGCUGUCAGACGUCAUAUAGACAUCUAGAAGAUGUCUAUAAGGUGUUUAUGAUUUAGAAUGGAUGUACAACAGCUCUUUCUAAGAUGUUUAGCAGAUGUUUUUACGCAGCAGAUCUCCAGAUCUUUAGCAGAUGUAUUACAGACGUUCAGACGUCUCCGAGAUGUAUUGCAGAUGAGCAAACUACGUCUUGCAGAUGUAAAUGCAGACGUCAAAUAGACGUAAGCCAGAUGGAUUGUGCUAUCUGGGCUGUUGUCUGUCUGGGUUUUGCUGCUAUGCUACGUUGCGUGUCGAGUGUGUUUAUGCAUCAGAGGUAGGCUAAAACUGCAAAACGUUCUCAACGUCGUCAUUAUCAAUUUCCCACCAUUAUCUGAAACUCUUCAGACAUUUAUGAGGUAUUAUAUGUGUUAUGUAACAUACAGAUGUUAGUCAGGGUAUAAAUUGUCUCGAAUAAAAAAACAAAGCUUUAAGGAAUAGUUCAGUAUGUCAUUACCCUGAUAGCACACAUACAUCUGGUUUACGUCUAUUUGACGUCUGCAUUUACAUCUGCAAGACAUCUACAAUACAUAGUUUGCUCAUCUGCAAUACGUCUCGGAGAUGUCUGCUGUCAGACGUCAUAUAGACAUCUAGAAGAUGUCUGUAAGAUGUUUAUGAUUUAGAAUGGAUGUACAACAGCUCUUUCUAAGAUGUUUAGCAGAUGUUUUUAAGCUGCAGAUCUCCAGAUCUUUAUCAGACGUAUUACAGACGUUCAGACGUCUCCGAGACGUAUUGCAGAUGAGCAAACUAUGUAUUUAAGAUGUCUUGCAGAUGUAAAUGCAGACGUCAAAUAGACGUAAACCAGAUGGAUUGUGCUAUCUGGGUACAGUCUAUCCCGUUUUUUUGGGGUUAAAAUUGUUUGUUUAGCUUUUUAACUUUGUUCCCACUAAGACAGCGAAGUUGUGGAGCAAAAACCAGUUUGAGUAUGCAGUGGUAACUGUAUGAUCUGUGAUUCUGAAUGGUGCCCAAAAUGCUGCAAUAAUUUUAUUUAGUGCGAACAGAAUGUGGUUGAGUGUAUUAAUAUGUGUCUUUAAAACCACAUGAUAUAUGCAUACAAAUGAAGUGAUUUGAGUACUUUUUGCAUAUUGGAGCAGUGGAGAGAAGUUGUUGUGCCAAACCACAACUGGAAAACAUCAGAGCAAUGCUUAAACGGUUCUCUGAAUAGGCUACAGGUAAGCUUUAUUUUUACAUAAAAUAUAUGUCCCGGUUACAGGGAAGUUGUGCUUUGUUUAGGAGUUUUAAAGUUCACUUGAGGUAGAAGAAGAGUUCGCGUGAUCUGAAGGAAUGGCGUCCUGUUUACACCGUGUGACGCACUUCUCAUUUGAUUUCGAUUUCAGCUGUUUAUAUUCUUUUCUCGCGUGCUGGGAUUUGAUGUGUGGAAAAUUGAAGAUUUUGGUCUUUAAAUGCCUGAACUCAGCAUCAGUUUGCUGGCUGGAUUAUGAAUGUAUUGUUUCAGUGCUGUGUGAAAUAAAUCGCUUUUACAAAGCUGACAUAAAGUGUCUCGUGAGAAACUGCUUCAGCUCCAAGUGCUGUUGGAUCGGUGGCGUUGCGUUGGCAACACGAGUUAUGCAUACAAAAAUAGUCUAAAGGUCGUUUUGCGUAUGCUAAUGCAUGAAUCCAUAAUCGAAUCAUCCGCAUGAUUUAAACGAAGAAAACUUUGAAAAUACCAUACAUUUAUGUUAUUGAUUCGUUUACCAGAUGAUUUUAUCCAAAGCGUUUCUCAAAUAAAAGAGCAAGAAACAGGUGGUUUAACACAGUUUAGUUGUCCAACACCGACCCCUUGUGGUGUGAUCACAGUAUUGCAUUAUGCACGUAUGUACAGUAUUACAUUGAGAUUCAAGAGUUACAGUGCAUUUGCAUAUUUGGCAGAUGGUUUAAUGCAGAACUACUUAGAAUGCAUUUAUUCUAUGUUUUUUUUAUCAGUAUUUGUUCUAGGAACGUGCGAACGUGCUCUAGCCAUUGAGCUACAGGGGGAAGCAUGUAAUGUAAUAUAGGUAUUUCAUCUUUACUGUAUUUAUGUACCUUUAAAUAAACGUGGUAAAAAUGGUACGUGUAUUAAAAUAAAAAGGGUAUCUGUUUUGAGAGUAUAUAAGCUUCUCGUUAUUAUAGUGGUAAGUAUCCCCGGUUGUCACAGCCUG